AUGGAGAACAGAGAAGACUUGAAGUCAAUUCUUCCAUUUUUACCCUUUUCACUCCGAUCAUCUUCACUUUUUUGGCCGGCGCCGGUAACUGAAGCACUUACCGAUAUCUCGAAAGGUCCUAAUCACAGCAAAAUUGACUCCGGCGAAGGCCUAUUCAUCGCCAUUUCCGAUAUUCGAAACUCUCUCUCGUUCCACAGUUUUUCAAUUGAUACUUCUGCUUCUCAAGGUUUUGCUCUGUUCUUCGAUGAUUUGCUUCCUAGGGAUGAAGCUGCAAAAUGGUUCGAAGAAGUGGUACCACAAUUGGCUAAGUUGCUUUUGAGAUUGCCUUUAUUGCUAGAAACUCAUUAUGAGAAUGCUGAUGAUGGAGUUUUGAAAGGAGUUAAAACCGGUCUUCGCUUGUUGGAAUCACAAGAGCCUGGCAUUGUCUUCCUUAGUCAGGAACUAAUUGGUGCUCUUCUUGCAUGCGCGUUGUUUUGUCUAUUUCCUACCAGUCAUAGAGGUGCCAAACACCUUCCAAUGAUCAACUUUGAUCACUUAUUUGCGUGUCUACAUGAUCAUUAUGAAGAAGCAUUCGAUAAUAAAUUGAAGUGCAUUGUUCACUAUUUUGGGAGGAUAUGUUCAUCUAUGCCAGCAGGCUAUGUGUCUUUCGAGCGAAAAGUUCUUUCUUUACAAUUUAGUCCAUCUUGUAUUCCUUAUCCAAAGGAAAAAUUAUGGAGCCAAUCCAAUAUUUCCCUUUGUCAUUAUGAGAUUUCUGUUUCAGGAUUAAUUGAAGAUCAAUCACGUGAAGCUAUUGAAGUUGAUUUUGCUAACAUGUAUUUAGGAGGUGGUGCUCUCGUUAGGGGCUGUGUGCAGGAAGAAAUUCGAUUUAUGAUCAAUCCAGAGUUAAUCGCUGGCAUGCUUUUCCUGCCGUGCAUGGCAGACAAUGAAGCUAUAGAAAUUGUUGGUACAGAAAGGUUUUCAAGUUAUACCGGGUAUGCCUCUUCAUUCCGGUUUAAUGGUGACUAUGUCGACAAAAAGGACAUUGAUGUUCUUGGAAGGCGUAAGACUAGGAUAGUUGCAAUAGAUGCACUGUGCUGCCCGGGAAACAACCAGUACCGACUUGAAGGCCUUCUAAGGGAGAUUAAUAAAGCGUUUUGUGGCUUCAUGGAUCAAUGCAAAUGUCAUCAGUAUCAACAGCUCUUCAAAGAUGAUCAAACUGUUAACUCCACCGGUGGGAGGUCCAUUGUUAAUCUUCUGUCACUUGGUCAUACUUCAACUUCAUCUCAAGCAACCGAGGGAGCAUCGGGGAAUCAUUUAGCCAGAAAUCACAAGGGGCACCGUUGUCCACCUUUAGACAGUCAGCAGGAAAUUGGUGUUGUGACUGGAAAUUGGGGUUGUGGUGCUUUUGGAGGAGAUCCUCAACUUAAAGCAAUGCUUCAAUGGAUUGCUGCAUCUCAGGUUGUUCAUUCUCCUUGGACAUUUUCCUGCAUUUGUAUGCGGGAAGUAUUGGCUCAUGCGAGAAGGCACAGAGCACUCGCUUUUCACCUAUUAGGGGAUAAUGUACUUGGCAAUGAGACCUUUCAUCUUGUAUUAUACAUUUGGACUGGAAGCAUUGCAGAUGCUGGAGCAGGUGAUUCAAUGGAUUGUUUCACAUAAGUGGACUGCAGGGGAGCUUUGGAAUGUGUUGGUGGAAUACUCUUCUCAGAGAUUGAGGGAAGAAACUAGAGUAGGCUUCUUCAAUUGGCUCCUUCCAUCAUUGUCUUCUCAUGAUGACAUGCUCAACGAUUCCUAUGAUGAUCGGACAUGUUCAUGCUGUUAAGCUUAAUAAUGUUGCUCGAUCCAUGUAUACGCCAUUCCAUUGUACUGUAUUAUAAGGUAAGAUGUGUCGUCAUGGUUCUAUCUUUAUGUUGACUGUCAACCUACUGCAUUCGAACUUGAGACCAACCAUGUGAACCUCACAUAGGAGGAGUUGUUGGUUAUAUGAAGUUCUAGUUGUUAUUAUCACACUUGUAUACUAGUCAAGUUAGAUACUUGUAUAUUGUAAUAUUGUGGUAUAAUUGAUUGAUUGGUAUUUUAACUGGGUGAAAGGUUUGAAAGGAAGAAAA